AUCCCCAUUACCCCUAUAGCCACCCUAUAUCCCCCAUACCGAUGUCGGACUCCGGUCAGAGCCCUGCCCCCGGCGGGCGGCGCCGCUGGACCCGGGACAAGGAACCGGAGGGGGGCGGAGAGCGACGGGAGGCGGGGGAGGAGCCUGCGGGGCUGAUGCAGAAGACCCCGAUCAUCCUGGCCAAGCCCCCUGGGGAGCGGGCACAACCGAAGGCGGGGCCAGGUCCGGCCCCGCCCCCUCCGGCCCCGCCCAUCCUGCUGAUGAAGGCGCGGGGGGGGGCGGGGCCGGGGGAGGAGUCCGCGCGCGGAGGGGGCGUGGCCGGAGGCGCCGGGGGGGAGGGGCCAGCGCAGGCCCCGCCCCGCGAGAGGGAGGGGGGGCCACGACCCACCCAACCUGUGUAUCAACUGCAUGGGAGGGGGCUGGGACCCCCCGGAAACAUGGAGGCCGUCGCUGGCCAAUCACGGCUGGCGGCGCCGGAGAAGAUGAAAACCAGUAUCAAACUGGUGGAUGAGCAGAUGAACUGGUGCGACAGUGCCCUGGAGUUCCUGCUGGAGCAGACGGAUGUGUUGGUGGUUGGGGCCAUGGGGCUGCAGGGAACAGGGAAGUCAACUCUGCUCUCGCUGCUGGCAGCCAAUCAACCUGAUGAGGACCCAAGGUCCUUCGUGUUCCGGCCCCAGGGCCCGGAGCUCCGGGAACGAGGGGGGAGUCAGACUGGAGGCAUUGACUUCUUCAUCACCCAGGAACGUGUCGUCUUCCUCGACACACAGCCUCUCCUGAGCCCAGCACUGCUCGAUCACCUCAUCAAUAACGACCGGAAGCUGCCCCCCGAGUAUGGGCUGCCCCACACAUACAUUGAGAUGCAGUCUCUGCAGAUCGCAGCGUUCCUGUUCACCGUGUGCCAUGUGGUGCUGCUGGUGCAGGAUUGGUUCACAGACCUCGGCCUCUACCGGUUCCUGCAGACAGCUGAGAUGGUGAAACCUUCGACCCCCUCCCCUGGGCACGAGCCCAGUGCUGGCACCGAGGAGCCCUCUGAGUACUACCCACACCUGGUGUUCGUACAGACCAGAGCUGGUCCCGGCUCCUUCCGGCCCCGUCGGCUCCGGCAGAUGCAGCAGCUCCUGCAGCGACUGAUGGCUCAUUCCCACCUCAAGUACCGAGGGUCCCUGUGCCCCCGGGAGGUCAUCCCAGGGCUCCCUGAGGGUCCCCCCGAGUCUGACGUUAACCUGUUCCUGCUGCCGCCUAUGGAGGUGGAUGAGGAGCCCCCCCCCCGACCUGGCUCCUCGCCCCUAUUCCCACUCCUGCCCCCAUUCCGGGGCCAUGGAUCCUUUGGGACCCUCCUAUCCCGGCUGCGGGGUCGGAUCCUGGCGGCAGCGAGAGCACAGAUAUCCCAUAGCCUAUUGACGGAGAGGAACUGGUUCCAUUAUGCCGCCCGCAUCUGGGAUGGGGUCAAGAAGUCCUCGGCCCUGGCUGAGUAUGGGCGGCUGCUGGGCUGAGGCCACGCCCCCUCCACGUGACCACG